CUUUGGUCUCGCCCAUAGACAGUUAAAGAAGGUAUCGCCAUCAUCCUAGCUUUGCUAAAUAGCUUGGUAACCGAUUCUUCCAAACAUUUUUCCUCAAAAAAAGCAAUGGAGGUGACGAUGGACCCUUUGUUUUUGGCGUGGAGCUAUUUCAGGAGGCGAAAGCUCCAACAAUGUUCUGAUAUUUGCUCAAAAAUACUACAAGACAACCCGUACGACCAGGACUCGUCGUUACCUAUCUCAGAGGCUGCAUGGAGCUUGAAAACCCGUGCUCUUACAGAGAUGGUAUACAUCGACGAAGUUGAGGUCGAUCAGGAAGGGAUUGCUGAGAUGAUGCUGGAUGAGAGCUCUAUUGCUCAAGUUGCCCGACCCGGAACAUCACUGAGGCUUCCCGGAACAAGUCAGGGUGGAGGUGCCACGCCUGCUGUCAGGCCUAUGACGCAAUCAGGGCGUCCUAUCACAGGAUUUGUGAGACCCAGCACACAGUCAGGGCGUCCUGGAACAAUGGAACAGGCCAUCAAGACCCCACGCACUGCAAGCACUGCUCGUCCUGUCACUAGCGCUUCUGGCAGAUUUAUCCGUCUGGGAACGGCUUCAAUGUUAACCAAUCCAGAAGGACCUUUCAUAAACUUGUCGAGACUAAACCUGGCCAAGUAUUCCCAAAAGCCUAAUUUAUCCAGGACACUGUUCGAGUACAUCUUCCAUCAUGAAAAUGAUGUAAAGAAUGCUUUAGAUUUGGCUGCUCAAGCUACAGAACAUGCUCAAUUCAAAGACUGGUGGUGGAAAGUUCAACUUGGAAAAUGCUACUACAGACUUGGUUUAUAUCGAGAAGCAGAAAAACAGUUUAGAUCAGCUCUCAACCACCAAGAGGUGGUAGAUACAUAUCUCUACCUUGCAAAGGUGUAUCUGCGCCUGGAUCAACCAAUAACAGCACUUAACCUUUUCAAGCAAGGCCUGGACCACUUUCCUGGUGAGGUUACUCUUCAAACAGGAAUCGCUCGCAUACAUGAGGAGAUGAACAACAUCUCAUCAGCAACAGAGUAUUACAAAGAUGUCCUGAAGCAGGACAACACUCACGUGGAGGCUAUUGCCUGUAUAGGCAGCAAUCACUUCUACACUGAUCAGCCUGAGAUCGCCCUGCGCUUCUACAGACGGCUACUCCAGAUGGGGGUGUAUAACUGCCAGCUGUACAACAACCUGGGCUUGUGCUGCUUCUACGCCCAGCAGUACGACAUGACUCUGUCCUCAUUUGAGAGGGCUCUGGCCCUGGUGGCCAAUGAUGAAGAACAGGCUGAUGUGUGGUACAACCUAGGACAUGUGGCUGUGGGCAUAGGGGACUUGACACUGGCCCACCAGUGUUUUAAAUUGGCUUUGGCUUUUAAUAAUGACCAUGCUGAGUCCUACAACAACCUUGCUGUGCUGGAGCUGCGCAAAGGUCGUAUUGAACAGUCAAAAGCCUUCCUGCAGACGGCUGCAUCACUGGCCCCCCACAUGUAUGAGCCACACUUCAAUCUCUCCAUUCUCUCUGAAAAGAUUGGAGACCUUCAAAGCAGCUUUACUGCCGCCCAAAAGUCUGAGGACUGCUUUCCGGAGCAUGUCGACACUCAACAGCUUCUCAAGCAACUUCGGCAGCACUUUGCAGUGCUGUGAGCGUCCAAGCAGCGUGCUUAGGAAGCAAGGUGUUAAAAUGUUUAAAUAAUCCAGGGUUCAAAGACAAGAGAUAUUUCACUGUUGUGGUAGCUAUCAGGCUUCAGAA